UGCGCCCCGAAAGGCUGCCUGACGUCCCAUCCGCUCAGUUGGCUGACUUCUCAGUUCCGGCGCCAGGUCCGACGGGUCAGAGGAUGACCUAGCAGAUCUGAUCCAGGUUGGUGUCAGGGCUUCUGCUCAGAUCAUGUGGACUGCAGAUGAAAUUGCCCAUCUGUGCUACACUCACUACAGCACUAGGCUGCCCAAGCAGGGAAAGCCUGAACCAGACCGAGAAUGGACCUUGCUGGCAGCUGUGGUUAAGGUGAAUUCUGCAGCAGAAGGCUCUCAUGACCCCAGUGACAAAUCCUUACCAGUAACUAAGGAAGUUGUCUCCAUGGGAACAGGAACGAAAUGCAUUGGCCUGUCCAAAAUGAGAAAAAGUGGAGACAUCCUUAAUGACAGUCAUGCUGAGGUCAUAGCCAAGAGGAAUUUCCAGAGGUACCUGUUCCAUCAGCUCAAGACUGCAGUCAGCCUGCAGGAGGACAGCAUCUUUAUGCCGGGAACCAAGACAGGGAUGUGGAAACUCAAACCAGACUUUCAUUUUGUGUUUUUUUCUAGCCACACUCCAUGUGGGGAUGCCUCCAUCAUCCCGAUGCUAGAGCUUGAAGACCAGCCUUGUUGUCCAGUCAGCCGGUCAGCAGAUGCCAUUAGUGACCCUAUGGUACUGGAUAAUAAAAGGAAAUGUGAAGAAAUCUCUGCCCACCUUAUAACCAAGAGGAUGAGGACAGAACCCAGGGAUCUUCCCAAGGAGAUCCCCAGUGAUAUAGCCGUGCAUUACUCUACUGGGAAAGAAGGAAGCUUACAAAUACCCCCAGAUUCCAGCAAUUCCAGCCCUCCAGCAAAUGGACCAGCAGCUACUCAGGGGACUGUCCCAGUUGGUGUAAAAGUAGUGGAUAUUUAUAGAACUGGAGCAAAAUGUGUGCCAGGGGGAGCCAGAGAUGCUCAGAAGCCUGGUGUCGAAUAUCACCAGGUGGGAUUACUCCGAGUGAAGCCAGGCCGAGGAGACCGGACCUGCUCUAUGUCCUGUAGUGAUAAGCUAGCGAGAUGGAACGUGCUUGGGUGCCAGGGUGCCCUGCUGAUGCACUUCCUAGAGGAGCCCAUCUACCUAGCAGCUCUGGUCGUUGGAAAAUGCCCAUACAGUUCUGAGGCCAUGAAGAGAGCCGUGAUUGGCAGGUGUCAGCAUGUGUCCAGUUUGCCCAGAGGCUUCCAAGUCCAAGAGCUGAAAAUGCUUCAGUCAAAUUUGCUGUUUGAACACAGCCGCUGUGCAGUCCAGGCAAAGACAGCUAACUGCCCAGGGAAAGUUGUUCCUUGUGGGGCUGCCAUAGGUUGGAGCUUAGUCCCAGAACAGCCUGUUGAUGUGAGCUGCAAUGGUUUCAGGCAAGGAGCUACGAAGAAGAGUGUUGGAAGCCUUCAGGCCAGAUCCAAAGUCUGUAAGGUGGAACUCUUCAACAUGUUCCUGAAUCUAGUGAGCAGUAUUUCUGAGAACAAGCGACCUGAAUCUCUCAGGGUCAAGAAGCUGGAAACAUACUGGGAAUACAAGGAGGCAGCAGCCGGCUAUCAAGAGGCCUGGAAGACACUUCAGAAGCAGGCAUUUGGCUCCUGGAUCAGAAAUUCCCCAGAUUAUCAGCAGUUUAAACGAGAAGACAAAAUCCCACAAACCCAAUAGAGACAGGAUGCUUUCCAACCUGUGUCCCACUUACUCAUAUUGGACAAAUCUCAGCUUUUCUGUUAGCUAAGGAAAAGCAAAGCUUUUGCCAAAGGAUCUUAAAAUGUUUAGCCUAUGCAGAUGUUCAUUCUGGAACACAGAGCCAAUUAGAACUGAUUGGAAUUAAUUCUGUAGUAAAAUGGCAUCUUGAUAAGAUGUGAUGUUUUUUUUCAAAUGACUGUCUUUGGCAUCUGUCACAUGUUGUGAUAGGCUCUUAGACAAUAUCCCCACCCCCCAAAAAAUUAAAUGUGUUCAAGAGAUAUAAUCUGGGGCUUCCAUCUGUUUAAUCAGAUCCUAGUGAAGCUUGUUUUUGUGCGGAGUGAAAGGAAUCUCAUCAGGAAGUUGGAGUCCUGCCUUAGAAGGAAAUACCCCUCCCUUCAGGCUAGCAGACACCAAAGUAAUUAACAUCCUCUUUUAUAAAAGGAGAUCUCUGCAACCAGGAAGCAUAAACGUCAUGCCUCCCAACCAGAAGAAAGUAUACUUCUUCCAACAUUUACAGAUAGUUGAUGACUACUUCCAAUUUUAAAAUGACCUUUUCCUAAAAGAAUCUUCCAACUUGUAGUGGUGCCUAGGGAACUGGACCCACCCUAAAGGUAUAAAAAAAAUUAAGGCAGCCUUAGAUAGCUUUACUUAUAAUCUCACUAAAUUAGCCUGUGGAGGAGGUCGGUUUAAUGUUGCUUCAGCUCUUAGUGGAUUCUAAUCCUACUCCUAGGAGAGAGCAAAUGCAAUGUUUUAAAGUUUUUCUUUGGCUUAAAUAGCAUUAUAUUUGAAUGUAUUCUUUGAAUGGCCCUUGGGCAUAAAUUGUAAUGGGAAUUGUGGAUAACUAUAUUAAGUGCUUCAUUUUGUAGUAGCAGUGCCAAGCAUUAGCUAAUAGUCUGGGAGAGAGAGGCUCAUGUGGGGGAAAAUGAUCAAUCCCUGGCACAAACUGCCCUGGCACUGCCUGAUUUGGUAAUGUCUGUUUCUAUGGAGAGCUGCCUCUUCUCAGGUGGGUUGAAAAACAAUGGGCUGAACAAAUCUUAGCCAAAGUUUUCUAGUCUUUAUACCAAUUUCCUCUUUGACUCUGGCAAGACAACUUGGAACAGUGUGGAUAUUUCAACAGUUAUUGCCCUCUCUUGUGCCCCUUCUGAAAUAAAGCUGUUCCUUUUCCAGAAA